GUGAGAGAGUCGCAUCGGGCCAUGCCGCCCCGCCUCUUCCGCAGAUGGACAUGCGGAACUCUGGAAUUAUGUACGGAUGCCUUAAUUCCUAUUUCCGAGCUUAGACCUUGGACUGUCGUGGACGAAUGCACAGCCCUUUCUCGAUCAGACUUUGAGGUUCCCUUUUUUGAUAGAAUCUUUUAUUUACCAUUAUCUGAUCGUUCAACAAAACAAAGGUCAUGGUAUAAAUCUUUUGUACCAAAACUUUUGAGAAGAUGGGCUUUUUAAGAAUCAGUUCACAUUUGGUUCCGUUAAUCUUCCAAGCCAGUCUACUCCAACUAGUAUGGACCCAACCCAAAUAUCUGGACAACCCUACAGUACGAUGGAUGAGGAUCAGCCUAAUGCCGAUCAGUCUUGGUCUACUAUUCUUCAACCAUAGCAUGCUGAGAGAUGACGCGGAGAUAAUCAGGCCACUCAAGGUCAACCUGGGAUGCAUGUUUGCUGGACAAUUCUUCAAGUCUUUCUUAUUUGCCUUCAACAGACCAAGCUCGGCGAGAGUCAUCAAGUCACGAGAAUCUACAGUUCCGCAUGGCCGCUCAAUCUUGGAAAAUCUCUUUGCCGUUCUGUUGCUCUUGGUCAAUGGCAGCUCGAAUCCGUCAAAGCCACUGCAGUUGGUGACGGGAGGAAGUCAGCAUACGAUUCGCUCAGACGUGGUCUUUCUACUAUACACGAUCCGCCGGAUGAUGGUCCUCAACAUCUUUGGGGUACUUGGGUUGUAUUGCUGGAAGGCCUUGAACGACGAGGCAUUGAUUGGCUCAUACCCGAUCCUGAAGCGCUACGCGCCCCAGAUCACGGCGGUGAUAUGGGGUGUGUUCAUCUGGACGUCAAUCGACCUUGGGGGAUGUAUGAAUCGGAUCUCAGCCUUCGGAUUCAAGUCUAUCCAUCGGCUCGUAUCGCGGUUGGUCCCGAGAUACCAAACCAUCCUCUCCAUCGACUUCACCAUCCUCGAUCUCGAGCAGACCUGCCCUUUCUACUUCAAGAAAUCCCCGCUCGAAGCUUCGAGCAUUACAGACUUCUGGAGCAGACAUUGGCACCUAAUGCUCAAAGACCUCUUCGUCGAGGCCGGCUCUAAACCUUUCACUUCCUUCGUUAUCUGGACCUUCGGCACUCGUAAAGCUCACCCCAAACUUCUCCGACUUGCUGGAACUAUCGGCGCGUUUACGAUCUCUGCAAUCAUCCAUGAAGUCGGCGUAUAUUCUGCAGGUCCGUUCGACCGAAAAUUGAGGACGUCAAUCUUCUUCAUCAGCCAAGGCUUAGCGGCAUGUCUCGAAAACCUGUUCAAGAGUCUUUCGGGUCGACGCGUCUGCGGACCGCUCGGAAUGAUAUGGACUUCUGCCUGGUUGAUUUUCUUCGGGACGCCGAUGAUCGAGGUUUGGAUGAAGAGUAUAGCCUUCGACGAGCAGAAAAUGUUUGACCGUGCCGAUCAAAUGGGGUUUUGGAGGAUGAUUUUCACUCCGUUCUGUUUAAUCAAACUCAUCUUUUCUGUUGAUUAGCUCCAUCCUUUCUUCCGCUCUUUUCUUCAUCUCUUUGCCAUUCUUGCAUAGCUUCAGUAUAAGCAACACUACGUUUUCCCGUUUUUUGUUUCUUGGCAGUCUGGAUGUUUUCUUUGCGGUACUUGUAUACUUAGUAGAUCAACUUCAAACUCAGAUUUUCAUUCGCAUCCACUGGUCUCAUUUCUUCUUCGCAACACUAGGAAACCUCCGAGUUGGUGUGAAUAAUAGGAUCUGAUACGUAUGUUGGCGCAUGCUUGAAAGCAACUAUAGAAUUUCUGUUUGUCGCUUCAAACCGAAUUCGAUGUCCGUUGUAAAGGCUCGUCCCCUGGA